AUUAAAUUUAAAUGGGGUAAACACAAUCUUUAGUAUACGCAGUGCCAGUAGGAGAGAAAAAGGAAGGAGAAAGCCAUAUUUAUAGAAAUCCUACUCAUAUUAAUCAGCUAUUAGACAAUUUUGAAGGAGAAAGAACAGUAUAAGGAAUGUUUCUAAGAGCUUGUCGCUUAUAUCCAGAAAAUAGAUGUAUAGGUAAACAGAUUACUACUGGAUUAAAUAGUAGACACUACAAAUAUUCAACUUACAAAGAAGUAAAAUAGAAUGCUGAGUAAUUUAUGUUAUUUUAACAUUAGAUAUUUAGGGUCUGGUAUUAUCAAUUUAAAUCUUAUCCCAAAACCGGAGGUAUUUGAAGAUUAACAAUUGAAAAUGAUUGGAGUUUUUUCUAAAAAUAGAGAAGAGUGGUUAAUUUUAGAUAUAGCCAAUACAUUUUAUGGAAAUACAAUGAUUCCCUUAUAUGAAACUUUGGGCUUUGAAAGUCUUCCAUAUAUAUUUGAAUAAACAUAACUAAGUACUCUUUUUAUUUCUGAGUCUAAUGCCUAAACUAUAUUGAAAGUAUCUAAUUAUCAUUCAUUAAAAAAAAUUGUAUGCUUUGAUGAAUUAAAUUAAGAAAUUAUUGAAAAGGUAUUAUUUACAAUAAUAAUAUGAAAGUUUAAUUAAAGAGGAAUAGAAGUCAUUCUUUAUGAAUAAGUUAUUUAGGCAGGAAAAGCUAAAAUCCACACUUAUGUUUAAGUGUCUGAAAAUAACAUUUUUACAUUUAGUUACACAUCUGGUACAACAGGUUUGCCUAAAGGUGUUAUGUUAAGACAUAAAAAUUUUGUAUCAGUAAGUGGAGGAGUAGUAUUUUAAGGAGUUAUUGCAAAUGAGAAUGAUGUUUAUUUAAGUUAUUUGCCACUCCCUCAUGUAUUAGAGAGAUUUGUUGUAAUUACUUUAUUGGGAUAUGGAAGUACUAUUUGUAUGUAUGGGGGUGAUGUUUAAAAAAUAAACUAAGAUCUUUAAUUAGUAAAGCCAACUUUAUUCAUGAGUGUUCCUAGAUUGUAUUUCAGAAUAUAUUAAGUAAUUAAGUAAAAAUUCGAAGGUCUUUAAGGAUUUUAAAAAAAGUUAUGUGAAUAAGCUUUAUCAAGCAAAUUAUAUUAUUUAAAAAAUGGUGGUCAUGUAGAACAUAGAUUUUGGGAUAAUUUGAUAUUCAAAAAAACAAAAGAAGCUUUAGGUGGAAGAGUUCGAUAUAUGCUUUCUGGAUCAGCUCCUAUGUCUUCAGAAGUUAUAGAUUUUCUUAAGUGUGUAAUAUGUGCACCAUUCAUUGAAGGAUAUGGAUAAACAGAAGGUUGUGGAGGAUCUUUUAUUACAAGAGCUGAAGAUUCAAUUAGUGGACAUGUUGGAGGUGUAUUUCCAAACAUUGAAUUUAAAGUUAUUGAUGUUCCAGAAAUGAAUUAUCAUAGUACAGAUAUAAAUUAAUAAGGUUAAAUAACUCCAAGAGGAGAAAUAUGUAAUAAUUUAUAUUUAUUAAAGGCUUAAGAGGUAAUGCUAUUUUUGCAGGGUAUUACAAAGAUAUAGAAAAAACAAAAGAAAUGAUUGAUAAAGAUGGUUGGAUCCAUUCUGGUGAUGUUGGAGUCAUUAAACCAAAUGGGGCUUUAUAAAUUAUUGAUAGAGUUAAGAAUAUCUUUAAAUUGAGUCAAGGAGAAUAUAUAGCACCUGAAAAAAUUGAAGGAAUCUAUACAAGAGUUAAUGGUGUUACAGAAGCUUUUGUAUAUGGUGAUUCUUCUAAAAGUUAUUGUAUUGCCAUUAUUGUUCCAGAUAAAUAAUUUGUUCUCAAUCUAGGUGCUUAAUUUGGAAUAAACUAAACUUUUGAAGAGUUAUGUUAAAAUGAUAACAUUAUUAAGCAUUUCUUAGAACAAAUUACAAAAUAAGUAAUUUUCAUUUAUAACUUAAGGGAAAAUUGGAAAAACUUAAUGGAUUAGAGAAUAUUAAAAAAUUAUAUCUUGAACCCGUUAGUUUUGUUACUCAUGGAUUAACGAGUAACACAUUAAAGUUAAUGAGACAUAAAGCUAAGGCAUUUUUUACUGUUUAAAUAAACAAAUUAUAUUUAGGAAGUGAUUGA